AAUACUUGUUCUUACACUUGAAAAUUCUCAUUUCUGGUUCUUACUCUACGCGCCACUCCGCCAGUCGUCAGUAGACGAGGCGUCCUUUCAUACUAGAGUGGCAGCCAUGUCGUCUGCCGUAGCAGAGCUCGAUGGCUACCUUCAGUCUAUGCAAAGUCUAAAACCUCCAGGUGUAUCAGGUUCCAAGAUCGGCAGCAUCACACAGCUUUGUGUAGCCAACAUUCAGUCAGAAUCCGUUCUAGUCCAGAAGCUAUACACACACUUCAAGAAAACUCCCGCGACACACAAGUUGGGCGUCCUAUAUGUCGUAGACUCUGUAACUCGACAAUGGGUAGAUGCGGCUCGCAAGGCUGGCCAACCGCUUGGAAGCGCCGCUCCUGAUGGCACAUUCGCUGCUGGAGUCAACAGAGUAACUGAACUUCUUCCGGUUCUGAUGACCGAUAUCAUAAACAAUGCACCUGAGGAUCAAAAGGAAAAAAUCAGAAAAUUGGUUGAUAUCUGGGAGCGUGGCCAGACAUUCCCUUUGCCCAUGCUCGCCUCGAUCAAAGAGAAGCUGAACGCUCCACCGACUAAAAAUGUGGAAUCUACGACACCAGAUGGCUCACCCGCUCCUGGUGUUAACCCUCUUGCAGGGCUUCAGACACAACCACAGGCUGCAGCUGGUGCCACUGCAACUCCCGAUACAUCUAGUAUCUUGAAAGCUUUGGCCGAUAUGGCUAAACAGAAUCCUUCAGCUCCAGCAGCACCGGGGGCCCCUGCACAGGCUAAUCCUUUGAGUGUGCUGAACCCACAGAGUGCUACACCUCUCCCUGCGUCAACGUCUGUAGACCAGGUAGCGACCGGAGCCAACGUAAGCCCGUAUGGAAAUCCCUUCGCAGCGCUAGGUAACCUUGCGCCCACGCCGGUUCCUAAUACGCUCCCUGCUGCUCAGCCCAACCCUCUAGCUGCAUUGCUUCCGCAAGCCGCUGCUGGAGCUCAGCAACCCGCAGCACCUGUUACGCCGGAUGUAUUCCAGCAGGUGCAAUUGCUUCAACUUCUCGCAGCACAAGGUAUCCCUCAAGAUCAAUGGGCAACCGCUCUACAAAUUCUUAGUCUAUCAAACAACGCCAAUCCGGCUGCUGCUGCUGCCGCUGCUGGAUUGCCUAAUAUGGGGGCCGCACCAGGCGGCUAUAACAUGCCAGAUAUGAGCGGUCAGCAAGGCUGGGGUGGUCAUGGCGAUCGGGAUGGUGACCGGGAUCGUGGUAGAGACCGAAACUACAUGCGUUCACCUCCGAACCAGUACCGUCGCCGUUCGGGCUCUCCAGGCUGGGACCGUCGUCGUGAAGCAUCGCCCCCACGCCGUCGCGACAGCCCCGUGUAUGGUGAAUACGGUGGAGAUUCUCCUGGUCGUCGAGGUGGACGACGCAAUGACUAUCGCCAACGCAGUCCACCAGGCCGCAGACGGCGCUCACCAUCACCUCCUCACAAAGAUGUCUCGCUGCCUCCCCCUGGGCCUAAGUUGGUUGAAUGGGAUUACUCUAUCGGACAGGGCAACAUCAAAGUCUUGAGUCGGACACUCUUCGUGGGUGGAGUCACUGCACCUGAGUCACAUCUACGGGCUCUGUUUAAUCAAUUUGGUGUCGUGCAAACGUGCAUUGUCAACGUCGACAAGCGACAUGCAUUUAUCAAGAUGAUCAACCGUCGCGAUGCCAUGAAUGCCCGAGAGGGUAUGGAGACAUACAAAUCCGGGGAUAUGCAGUUGAGGACUCGCUGGGGUGUCGGUUUCGGACCUCGUGACUGCAGUGAUUACCAGACCGGAAUCAGUAUCAUUCCAAUUGAACGACUUACAGAAGCUGAUCGCAAGUGGAUGUUGACGGCUGAGUAUGGAGGUACCGGUGGUAAACCAAUUGAGAGUGGUAUGGUUGUUGAAGAGCCUGAUAUUGAAAUCGGUGCCGGAGUUUCGUCCAAAGCCAUCAGCCGACGCAUGGCAACAGAUCAAGGCGGUAAACGCGGACCUCAAUCAUCCCGAACCCAAAACGAUCGAUAUCGUCGACCAGACCGCGGCAUGGACAUGAAUGGAGGUGGUAUGUAUGGCGGCGGUGGAGAUCACGACUACUCCAACCCCCCGAACCCAGGCGUCCCACCAGCUGUUCCAGGCUUUGGUUUCCAACUCCCUGGUAUGCCCAUGUUUCCUCCUGGGUUUAUGCUUGGUAGUGCGCAGCCCGGAUCUGCUCCUCCACCGCCACCGGGUCAAUAAACGAGUCGCCAUCUCCGAUAUCGACAAUCUUCUUUUCUGCCUUCUUGUGUUUUCAUACCUCUUUAUUUCUUCCACCGAUGUAACAAGUUCGGUCUCAUUUUUUCUUGGUCAUAGGCUAUUUCAUAACUUUGUUUCCCGGAGGAGAGGACGUACUCAUUGGGCGUUAUCUCGUUUCAUUAUGAUUGAUUCCCUAAGAUUUUCUUUCGAUUGUUUCUAUUAUGCUGGUGCGAAAGGAUAGCAGAAAAGCAUUCUCUAAUUUCAGCUUGUAUUCAAUAUGACUUCUUUAUCUACUUA